AUGAUUGUGCUGCUCCGUUUGCUGCUGGAGCUAUGGAUUCUGCUGCUGCUGCUGCUGCUGCUGUUGCUGCUGUUGCUGCUGCAGGAAUUUCUCCGCGCCUGUCUGCAGCACGACCCAGACAAGCGGCCGUCGCUUUCUCAGCUACUGAGUUGGAGUUAUCGCCUGCAGCAGCAGCAGCAGCAGCAGCAGCAGCAACAGCAGCAACAGCAGCAGCAGCAGCAUGAGGCGACACGAGCGGGUGUCCCUGUUGACUCAGACCCCAGCAAAUGCUUCUCUCCUGUGAAGAAACCCUGCAGCAGCAGCAGCAGCAGCAGCAGCAGCAUUCUCCGAAGGCAUAUGACGCCUGCAGCAGGAAGAGGCGAAGCAGCAGCAGCAGCAGCAGCAACAGCAGCAGCAGCAGCGGGGGAUGCUGCAACGACUAUAGACCCUUGUGCUGCAGUUGAUGCUCCUGCUGCUGCAGCUGCUUCUCCCCAUUCCUCUAUGGCAGCAAGAGGUGCAGCAGCAGCAGCAGGAACAGCAGCAGCACCAGCAACAGCAGCAGCAGCAGCAGCAGCAGCAGCAACAGCAGCAGCAAUGGACUUCUCCUGCAGCAGAAGUGGAGGAAAGAAGAAGCGGCGCUGCUCUGACGCGGGCGUCCCCAGCAGCAGCAGCAGCAGCUGCGGUGUCCGUACACCCCGCAAAGCAGCAGCAGCAGCAGCAGCAGCAACAACAGCAGCAGCAGCAGCAGCAGGAGUGCGAGGUGGCGGCGCUGGCACCCCUUCUCUGCUGCCUCCUUUAUUGGGUGUACGUAUACCGCAUGAGGUGCAGCACAAUCCAUGUGGAGCAACAGCAGCAGCAAGAGCAGCAGCAACAGCAGCAGCAGCAGCAGCAGCAGCAACAGCAGCAGCAGCAACUCGACUAGCAGAUUGCUGCGAUGCUUUAUAUGGAGAUGUUGGCUUUCUCGUUCCCGCUAUAAUCAAAGAAACACAAAAAAGAAAAAAAAAAGAGGAGGGGGUCGCCUUCUAUAGACAGAACGACCCCCUAGCUCUCUUCUCUCUGCCCCCUGACUCUCUCCCUCCCCCUGCAGCUCACAGCCCCACUGCAGCAGCAGCAGCAGCAGCAGCAGCAGCAGCAGCUGGUGGUGGUGCUGGUGGUGGGGGGGGUGGUGCUGCUGCUGCAGUGCAGCAGCAGCAACGGAAAUGA